AUGGUUCAUUUAAAGAACAUAACCGAGUCGCUCGGGGAGACCGCCGAGAGCGAUAAGUCGGAGUUGCGCAUGAAAUAUCUGGAUGAGCGCGCGAUGGCCCGCCUGAAGCAGGAGAUCGCGCAGGUGGAGUUGGAGACGGAAGAUCUCGGGAAGCGCAGGAACGAACAGAAGAAAGCCAUCCUGAGAGCAGGCCAGAAGGCAGAGGCACUGCAGCGGGAGCUUGCAGAAGGGCGUGAGGUCUUAGACUCCCUGCGGCAGGACACAGUCCGAUGCGAGGAAGACUACGCCGUCCUGAUGAAGUGCAUGCAGGAGGACCAAUGCAGGACUGUGAAUGUUAGACUACCGACCCGGUGGAGUCUGGGAAACAGCCACUGUUUCCAGGGUGCUGGUCUUGGUCACAUAGGCCAUUCCAGACCCCGGCCAAUACAUUACCAGCAGUAUUUAAACUCCUUUGACAGCAGUGAAAUUCUGGACCUCCUCCUGAGGAUUAAGAAGCAGAGCAUCGAGGCCAAGCAGAAACACGAGGUCCUGGAUAAGGACUGGGAGAAAACUGCUAGUAUGGAGCGGCAGUGGGAGAGCACAGAGGAGGCCAUUUUACAGCUGUGCCAAGAGAGGAAAGCGCUGACCAAUCACUGGAAGACCAGUGUUAGUCACAUGACCAAGAGGCACCAGGACAUGGACCAGUGCAUCAUGUCUCUGUCAGUGGUGAAGGAGGAGGUCGAGCAGAAGAGGGGGGCGGUGAAGAUGGCGGAGGAGACUCUGGAGAGUUCGCGGCGGAGGAGCGCGGCGGCGAGCCGGCUGCUGGAGGCUGUGAGGCGGCAGGCGGCUGAGCUGGAGGCGGGACUGGGAGAGCGGGAGAGCCAGAGCACUGCUCUGUGCGGGGAGUGUGAGGUCCUCAGGCGUGCCGUCGACCGGGCCAACACAGAGGUGAAGAUGGCUGAAUCCCUCCUGGCUGAACUGACCGCAGAUACGCUCGCCAACAAGGACAGGCUGGAAAAGGCCAGGCUCCACAGUGCUGCCCUAGAGGAGAAGCUGACGACUGAGAUGGAGGUGUUGGUCAGAGGAAAGGAGGAGGCGGAGCGGGCAGAGCAGGAGGUGAUGAAGGAGGAGCAAGCCAACAAGGAUGCAGACGCCAGGUUCUACGGGCGCCGGGAGGCGCUCUCUCAGAAGGCAGGGGAGCUGCAGGCCCUGAGACGGGAGGUGAAGGAGCAGCAGGCGGAGGUUUCGGCCGGGCGUGGCGCUCUCUCCACAGUGAGCCGCAAGCAGAGAGAGACGCAGAGCGUCCUCACCAGGAAACUGGAGGCUGUGGGCAAGCAGGACUCCCGUAUGGAGCUCCUGGAGAGGAGGAUGCAGGAGCUGGGUGCAGGAGAGGACAGGAAGCAGGAGCUGGGUGCAGGAGAGGACAGGAAGCAGGAGCUGGGUGCGGGAGUGGACAGGGAGCGGGUGGAGCUCCUGAAGGAGCAGGCAGCAAAGAUCUCCAUGGAUGUGGAAGAGAGGAGGAGGACCUUGCGGCAUGGGGAGCAGCAGAACCUGGAGGGGAAGCUUCGCCUUGCAAAGCGAGAAGUGGAGAGGCUGGCGUGGGAGGGGCAGGACCUGAGCUGUAAGGUGGAGGAUCUACGGCUGGCCACUGCUGCUGCGGAGAGGGAGCUCAGCGAGACCGCCGGGCAGAGACCGGAGUUGAUGGUGCGGGAGUACCUGCUGGCGCGGGAAGUGAAGGAGGCCAGAGACAGGCUCCGGAGCGGGAAGGACAGGAUCGUCGCCCUGGAAACGCAGCGGCUGCUGCUGGCGGCCGAGUUCAAGGGGAAGGUGUCCGAGCUCAACCUUCGAAAGGAGGUGGUCCAGGUGCAAAUUAAACAACUCAGGCAGGGGUGUCAGAAGACCAGCGUGGAGCGGAGCAGGCAGCGGUGUAAAGUCCAGAAGCUGCGGAAGAGGCACGAGGCCAUUGCCGCGCCCGCCAUUUUCCCAGAGGGAGAGGAAGUCUCUCUGCGGCAGUACAAAGCUGAAGUGACGAGACAGAGAGAGGAACUGCGACGGAGGAAAGAGGAUCUGAACGGGAAGCUGACCGUGAAGCGCGGAGAGGUCACGGCCCUGAAGAGCGAGCUGUCUGCAAGGGUACGGGGUGUGUAG